CUGGACAGUGGCCAAGUUUGUCUUUGGAAGAGCAUCCUGCAGAGUGGGAGCAGAGCGUGGCGAGCAGAGCAAGGACGGAUCACGGGGGACGGAUGAUGCUGGGCUCAUCCCUUGUGCUGCUGCUGUUGCUGCUGAGGCCCGGGGCCCAGGCGAAGCCAUCGCCCGAUGCUGGCCCUCAUGGCCAGGGGAGAGUACACCAGGAGACCCCCCUGAGCGAGGCUCCCCACGACGACGCCCACGGGAACUUCCAGUACGACCACGAGGCUUUCCUGGGACGGGAAGUGGCCAAGGAAUUCGACCAGCUCAGCCCGGAGGAAAGCCAGGCCCGGCUAGGGCGGAUCGUGGACCGCAUGGACCGUGCUGGGGAUGGGGACGGCUGGGUGUCGCUGGCAGAGCUUCGUGCGUGGAUCGCGCACACGCAGCAGCGGCACAUCCGGGACUCGGUGAGCGCGGCCUGGGACACGUACGACACCGACCACGACGGGCGCGUGGGUUGGGAGGAGCUGCGCAACGCCACCUAUGGCCACUACGCGCCCGGGGAAGAAUUCCAUGACGUGGAGGAUGCAGAAACCUACAAGAAGAUGCUGGCUCGGGAUGAGCGGCGUUUCCGAGUGGCCGACCAGGACGGGGACUCCAUGGCCACUCGGGAGGAGCUCACGGCCUUCUUGCACCCCGAGGAGUUUCCUCACAUGCGGGACAUCGUGAUCGCAGAGACCCUGGAGGACCUGGACAAGAACAAAGAUGGCUAUGUCCAGGUGGAGGAGUACAUCGCCGAUCUGUACUCGGAGGAGCCAGGUGAGGCCGAGCCAGCCUGGGUGGAGACCGAGCGGCAGCAGUUCCGUGACUUCCGGGACCUCAACAAGGAUGGGCGGCUGGACGGCAGUGAGGUGGGGCAUUGGGUGCUGCCGCCCUCGCAGGACCAGCCGCUCGUGGAGGCCAACCACCUGCUCCACGAGAGCGACGCUGACAAGGAUGGACGCCUGAGCAAGGCAGAGAUCCUGGGGAACUGGAACAUGUUCGUGGGCAGCCAGGCCACCAACUACGGCGAGGAUCUGACGCGGCACCAUGAUGAGCUGUGAGCCUCCGGCGCAGGCCCGUGUCCACCUCGUGGCCCCGGGGAGACCUGAGGACCUGUCGUGUUCCCACUCCCAUCUUUUGCUACCCGCCUCUCAGGGACCCCCCCUCCACACCUGCCUCUCUCCUGGGGAUACCUGGCUCUCCCCACCCCACCCCAGUCCUCUCAGAGCCCCAGAGAAUGAGUGACUCCCCCCAGUUCCCCCAGCCCAGCCCUGGAGACCCUCACCCCAAUUACCAAAAGCUCCUCCAGUGACUACCACAGCCCCAAAUCUGAGCUUCAACCACAUACUCUGAGAAACACUCCCACCCCCCCACCCCAGGCCUCUCCCCAUCCCCAGCCCAGGUCCUGCCCUACACCCCCUUCGCCAGGGAGGGGGGUAAUAAACUCCAGAGCUGGGUCCCCA